GUGCUGAAGCACGGUGUGGCCAUGGCCUCCCUGAGCCGAACCUGGCGUGUGGCUGCCAUGCCCCCUCGCUGGAGCCCCACCCGGGGCUUGGGGCUUCAGGUGCCGACCAGCCCAGCGGGCCCCACGGCUGAGAAGAGCGUCCCGUACCAGCAGACCCUGAAGGAGGCCCCUGGGCCCUCGGGGGAGGCCAGGGGCCCGAGCCGGCCCCUGCCCCGCACAGCCAGUGUGGUGGUCAUUGGCGGAGGCAGCCUGGGUUGCCAGACCCUGUACCACCUGGCCAAGCUGGGCGUGAGCGACACCGUCCUGCUGGAGCGAGCGCGGCUGACGGCAGGGACCACCUGGCACACGGCGGGCCUGCUGUGGCAGCUGCGGCCCAGCGAUGUGGAGGUGGAACUGCUGGCACACACGCGGCACCUGGUGAGCCGCCAGCUGGAGGAAGAGACGGGACUGCACACAGGCUGGAUCCAGAACGGCGGCCUCUUCAUCGCCUCCAGCCGGCAGCGCCUGGACGAAUACAAGAGGCUCAUGUCGCUGGGCAAGGCCUAUGGCGUGGAGUCCCAUGUACUGAGCCCGGCGGAGACCAAGGUCCUGUACCCACUGAUGAACGUGGCUGACCUCUAUGGCACCCUAUACGUACCCCACGACGGGACCAUGGACCCUGCUGGCACCUGCACUGCCCUCAGCAGGGCGGCCACUGCCCGAGGAGCACAGGUCAUUGAGAACUGCCCGGUGACCGGCAUCCGUGUGCGGACAGAUGACUUUGGGGUGCGGCGGGUUGCGGCGGUAGAGACUGCGCACGGCUCCAUCCAGACACCCUGCGUGGUCAACUGUGCAGGAGUGUGGGCCAGUGCCGUGGGCCGGAUGGCAGGGGUCAAGGUCCCGCUGGUGGCCAUGCACCACGCCUACGUGGUCACGGAACGCAUCGAGGGCAUCCAGAACAUGCCCAACGUCCGUGACCACGACGCCUCAGUCUACCUCCGGCUCCAGGGCGACGCGCUCUCCGUGGGCGGCUAUGAAACAAACCCUGUCUUCUGGGAGGAGGUGUCAGACACGUUUACCUUUGGCCUCUUUGAUCUGGACUGGGACGUCUUUGCCCAGCACAUCGAGGGUGCCGUCCGCAGGGUGCCAGUGCUGGAGCAGACGGGCAUCAAAUCCACGGUCUGUGGCCCUGAGUCCUUCACGCCUGACCACAAGCCCCUGAUGGGGGAGGCCCCGGAGCUCCGCGGCUUCUUCCUGGGAUGCGGCUUCAACAGUGCAGGAAUGAUGCUGGGAGGCGGCUGUGGGCAGGAGCUGGCCCACUGGAUCGUCCACGGGCGCCCGGAGAGGGACAUGUACAGCUAUGACAUCAGGCGUUUCCAUCACUCGCUCACGGACCACGGCCGCUGGGUGCGCGAACGCAGCCACGAGUCCUACGCCAAGAACUACUCUGUGGUCUUCCCCCACGACGAGCCGCUGGCCGGGCGCAACAUGAGGACGGGCCCCCUGCACGAGGAGCUGCUUGCCCACGGCUGUGUGUUCCAGGAGCGCCAUGGCUGGGAGCGGCCAGGCUGGUUUAACCCUGGAGGGCCAGCUCCGGUACUGGGCUAUGACUACUACGGGGCCUACGGGCACCAGGCACGCUCGGACUCCGCGUACGGCAGGCUGCUGCGGGAGGAAUACACCUUCGACUUCCCGCCCCAUCAGGAUGUGAUCAAGGCCGAGUGCCUGGCCUGCCGCGGGGCCGCCGCCCUCUUCGACAUGUCCUACUUCGGGAAGUUCUUCCUGCUGGGGCCGGACGCCAGGAAGGCUGCCGACUGGCUCUUCUCCGCCGACAUCAACCGGCCCCCUGGCUCCACCGUGUACACCUGCAUGCUGAACAAGCACGGUGGCACCGAGAGCGAUCUCACCGUCAGCUGCCUGGCCCCGGGGGCCACGGCCUCCCCACUGGCCCCCGCCUUCGAAGGGCAUGGCUACUACCUGGCCGUGGGUGGGGCUGUGGCCCAGCACAACUGGUCCCACAUCACCACUGUGCUUCAAGACCGCCAGUUUCGUUGCCAGCUUCUCGACAGCUCCGAGGACCUGGGCCUGAUCAGUAUCCAGGGCCCAGCCAGUCGGGCCAUCCUGCAGGAGGUGCUGGACACGGAUCUGAGCCACGAAGCCUUCCCCUUCUCCACCCACAAGCUGGUGAGAGCUGCCGGGCACCUGGUCCGGGCCAUACGUCUGUCCUUCGUGGGGGAGCUGGGCUGGGAGCUGCACAUACCCCGGGCCUCCUGCGUGCCAGUGUACCGGGCAGUGAUGGCAGCGGGAGCCAAGCACGGCCUGGUCAACGCUGGGUACCGUGCCAUCGACUCCCUGAGCGCUGAGAAAGGCUACCGGCACUGGCAUGCAGACCUACGGCCAGACGACAGCCCCCUGGAAGCCGGCCUGGCCUUCACCUGCAAGCUGCGGUCGGCUGUGCCCUUCCUGGGAUGCGAGGCCCUGCAGGCACAGCGGGCCAAUGGCCUACGUCGCCGUCUGGUGUGCUUCACGCUGGAGGAGAAGGUGCCCCUGUUUGGCCUGGAGGCCAUCUGGAGAAGUGGCCAGGUGGUGGGCCACGUCCGCCGGGCCGACUUCGGCUUCGCCCUUGACAAGAGCAUCGCCUAUGGCUACGUCCGCGAGCCCAGCGGCGGCCCCGUCUCGCUGGACUUCGUGAAGAGCGGGGAAUAUGCUCUGGAGAGGAUGGGGGUCUCCUACACCGCCCAGGCCCACCUGAAGUCGCCCUUCGACCCUGACAACAAGCGGGUGAAAGGGGUCUACUGA